GUUAAUCCUUCUUCUGAGAUUUUACAGAGACUGUUCAUCCCGAGACGAACAACUGGUAUUAAAAUGAAUGGGAGAAACUGGAACGCCCAACGUAUAUAGAAACAGAAGUCCCGCCUUACAGAUGGGUCCCAAAGAAACCCAAAAUCACAGGACUCAAUGACUACAGACCCACUGGUGUGCAGUCAAAACAACCUGUAGCUGAACACGCACAAAACGGUGGAGAUUAUUGUGGACUUUAGGAGAAACACCCCAACACUGAACCCCCUCACCAUUCUAAACAGCACUGUGGCAGCAGUGGAGUCAUCCAGGUCCCUGGGCACUACCAUCUCACAGGACCUGAAGUGGGAGACCCACAUUGACUCCAUUGCAAAAAAGGCCCAGCAGAGGUUGUACUUCCUUCGCCAGUUGAGGAAGUUCAACCUGCCACAGGCGCUGCUGAUACAGUUUUACUCAGCAGUCAUUGAGUCUGUCCUCUGCACUUCAGUAACUGUCUGGUUUGGUUCAGCAACGAAAUCGGAUAUCAGAAGACUACAAAGGACAAUUCAGACUGCUGAGAGGAUUAUUGGUUGCCCCCUGCCCUCUCUUCAAGAACUAUACAUAUAAAAAUCACUCUGGACCCCACUCACCCUGCCCACUACUUUUUUGAACUGUUGCCUACUGGCCGACGCUUCAGAGCACUGAGCACCAGAACCGUCAGGCACAGGAACAGUUUUUUCAUGAACAGUUAAAACUGCCCCAUUGAGCAAUAAGUCUGGUCAUCACUACCACACAGUGAUUGUGAAUCCACUCCCAAAGCAAUUCACCAAUAAAUGCUCUGAAUAUUCCUGUCAUCUUUGAAUUGAAGAAGAGUUUCUAGAAGAGCAGGACAAACUUCAAGUGUGUCAACAGUUUCUGAUAUACUGCUGCAAAGAUGGAUUUUAUUAAAGAGGAGAGAGAGGACAUGGGUUAUCCAGAACCACACAAAGUGAAAAAUGAAGAUACCGAGGAACAAAUAGACCUGAUGGAAGUGAAAAAGGAAAAUGAAGAACUGAAUGAAGUGGAGGAGAAACAACAGCAUCAGAAAUCUCCUAAUGUCACACCUGGAGAGAGAUUAUUUAGUUGCUCACAGACUGAACAGAAUUCCUCACAACAAACAAAGGAUCAUAUAAGAAUUAACAAUGCUAAGAACGUUUACACAUGCCCUCAGUGUGGAGAGAAUUUCACACGUAAAGAUCAUCUAAAGAAUCACGCAACAAUUCACGCUAAAGAUAAGCCUCUCGCAUGCCUCCAGUGUGGAAUGAGAUUCAAAUAUCAAGUAAACCUUGAUAGGCACGUGACAGUUCACACUGGAGAGAGACCUUUCGUGUGCCCUCACUGCAGAAAGGGUUUCUCAUAUUUAAAAUGUCUUGAAAAUCAUCUGUACUAUCAGCACCCUGAAGCAAACUGUGAUGAGUGUGAUAAAAAUGUUAUUGCGGCUUCAAAUGAAAAGCCCCAUUUGUGUUCCAUAUGCGGAAAAAGCUUUUCAUGCUUGCACCGUUUUAAAGAGCACCAGGAAAUUCAUAGUGGGAAAGCUUUUGUGUGCCCUGAGUGUGGCGAUGCCUUUACAGGAUCCGGCAACUUGAAGAUGCACCAAAGAAUCCACAUUAAAGAUAAACCGUACAAGUGCUCACGGUGUGGAAAGAGUUUCACUCAUUUAGCAGCCCUGAAAACACACGAGAAAGAGCAUACUGAAGAGAAGCCUUCAAGUGGGAUGAGUUACACCCGAUUGACUCAUUUCAAAAAACAUUCUGGAAAGAUGUGAGCGAAGUUUAUUUUUAGGUCCAAUGUUUGAAACCGUGUGAAUUUCAGAAAAACCCAAAUAGACAUUUUUCUCUUAAAGGGAUAGUUCACCUGAAAAUGAAUUAAAUGAAUCAUUUAGUCACCCUUUUGCUGUCUCAGAUUCGUAUGACUUUCUUCUGCGGAACACAAAGAUAAUUUGUUGGAGAAACAGUGUAAAUAUAUAUCCAUACAAUGUAAAUCAAUGUGAUCCGAAACUUUUCAAGCUCCAAAAAGUACAUAAAGGUAAUCCAUAAGACUCAUCCAUGUCUUUUGAAGUGAUACGAUGUUUUGGGUGAGAAAUGUAGCUCCUUUUUCACUAUAAAUCCUGCUAUCUGCUGUCUCCUUGACACAAUUGUUACAGUUCAUGCUUGUGUUCCACAGAAGAAAGUAGAGUUUAAUGAUUGAAUAAGUGAUUAGAGAAUUAUAAUUUUUGGUGAACUAUUGAGCAAUUUCAUCUUUUUUUAAAAAUUUUUUUUAAAGAGAUUCUGUUCUGAAACGGGCUGCUCAGUGGGUAGCACUGUUGCCUCACAGCAAGAAGGUCCUGGGUUCAAUUCCUGGCUCAACUGGGCCUUUCUGUGUGGAGUUUGGAUGUUCUCCCCGUGUUCGUGUGGGUUUCCUCUGGGUGCUCUGGUUUCCCCCACAGUCGAAAAAAAAAAGACUUGCAGGUUAAGUUAUUUGGAGACCCUAAAUUGGCUGUAGGCAAUUGCAUGACCCGCAACCCUAUAUAGGACAAGCAGCUAUAAGAUGUAAAAAUUAUUCAAAAGAAUGGAUACACAAUUACUCUCAAUCACAUUUCAGACCAUCCAUCCAGCUUCUGGAUGGAUGUUCUGAAAUGUGAUGGAGAGUAAUUGUUAUACCAACAUAUUAAUUGAAAUGUCUAUUAUAGUUUUGUAUCCAUUCAACUGAAUAUUUUUUUACAUUUUGUUAGCUGUUGACAAAUUCUCAAUACUUCACUUUUCAACUAAACCGCCUUUCUUGCUGCAAAAUUAUUCAACAGAUUAUUCUACAUUGUUCGAGGCUUAAACAGUCAACUAUAUUUACUGUGUGGAUGAAAAUAUUUCUAAGGAAAGCUUUUUGGUUAUUUCAGUAUUAUUUACUUGCUUUGUAGAAUCAAGUCUAGCUUUAGCAUUGUUAUAGGUAAAUAAUUACCAAUUAUUUUAUCCAGGGUUCCCACAAUCAUGGAAAAUCUGAAAAUAGGGAAUAUAAAAAUGUGUGAUUUCCAGGCCUGCAAAGUCACGGAAGUACAACAAAUAGUUUGUCAUAUAAAUUCUAUUGUAAAUGUAAUUUUGCUCUACCUGGAGACUCAAAGUCGAAUCAUCGUUUGAGCCGCAUUCAGAUCUGAGGCCGUUUGUGUGUGUGUGUGACUUUUGCGUUUAAUUGAAUAUUCCAGGUUCAAUACAAGUUAAGCUCAGUCGACAGCAUUUGUGGCAUAAUGUUGAUUACCAUAAAAAUGUAUAGAGACUCGCCCCUCCUUUUUUUUUUUUUUUUUUUUUUUUUUAAGAAAAGCAAAAGUCUGAGUUAAAGUGAGGCACUUAAAAUGGAAGUGAAUGGGACCAAUCCUAAUAAAAUCACUUACUAACCUUUUCUGUGUAAAGUUAUAGCCAAUUUUACAACUUUGUUAGCAUGACAAUGUUACAUCAACAAACCCUAAAACGACUGUGAAAAAUAAAUAUUUAAACAACUUUACAGCUCAAAUAAUACAUGAGUUAUAACAGAAGAAUUAAUGUAAGUGCUUUUAUAAAAUUAUAAGUUCCACAUUUCUGUGUUUAAACCCUCCAAAAAUUGGCCUCAUUCUCUUCCAUUGUAAGUGCCUUACUGUCACCUGGAUAUUUACUUUUUUGGACGAGUCGAAAAUCAUUUUUGGGGUAUCAACAUUAUGCCACAAAUGCUGGCGAUUUGAGCUUAACCUGUAUUGAACCCAGAAUAUUCCUUUAAAUAGGUGUUUAAAUCUCUCUGUUCCAAGGAUCGGUAGACUACCUGAUGCACACAUGGAAGUACCACCUAACAAUCUCUAUAAAAUGAGUUUUAAAACAAUUAUGCUGUAAUCAUUCACGACUAAAGACAUCGAAGUUAAUUGGUCAAAAACUGUGGGAACCCUGUAUAUCUUACUUCAAAGUCUUGUACAUUGUGCACAUUUUCUGAUCAUUUCAUAUUCCUGUACAGUUUUUCUGAGCUGAUUAAAGGUGAUGCAUCGAGAAAUAAAAAGACUAUUGGACUGAAGUCACUCCGAGACUACCGUCUAUGAUUAUCCAUUAACCAGUCAAAUGUCUUUCAGUUUGAAAAAAAUAAAUAUAUAUUUUUUCUAUAAUAGUGUUAUUUGCCAGAUCAGUCUAGCUUAGACAUGGGGUAGUAUGUUUGGAGCUGUAGGAGACAUUAAUAAUUUAUUGUAUCAUUUAACCGAGGUCGCUAAUGUGUAGCGUUAAUGUGUAGUGUGCCAAUUGUAUAUGAAAUUACCAGAAAUGAAAAGGAGCAAUUUCUUGUACUGAGUGGCCUAUUUAAUAAUCCUAUUUUUGCAACUACAUUUUACUCUCAUCUCUUUACUAAGGUGUGGAAUAGGGAUACGCAAAUUACAUUGCUUAGGAGCCUCUUUAACUCAAGGUAGAUACAUAUAUAAUCAGAAAGACAGAGAGAUACAGUUGAAGUCAGAAGUUUACAUACACUUAGGUUGAAGUCAUUAAAACUAUUUUUUUCUUUUUUUUAACCACUCCACAGAUUUAAUAUUAGCAAACUAUAGUUUUGGCAAGUCAUUAAGGACAUCUACUUUGUGCAUGACAUGAGUAAUUUUUCCAACAACUGUUUACAGAUAGACUGUUUUACUUUUAAUUGACUAUAUCACAAUUCCAUUUGGUCAGAAAUUUACAUACACUAAGUUAAUUGUGCCUUUAAGCAGCUUGGAAAAUUCCAAAAAAUGACAAUUAGCCAAUUAGCUUCUGAUAGGAGGUGUACUGAAUUGGAGGUGUACCUAUGGAAGUAUUUUAAGGCCUACCUUCAAACUCAAAAGAAAAUCAAAAGAAAUCAGCCAAGACCUCAGAAAAAACUAAAUUGUGGACCUCGACAAGUCUGGUUCAUCCUUGGGAGCAAUUUCCAAACGCCUGAAGGUAUUACAUUCAUCUGUACAAACAAUAGUACGCAAGUAUAAACACCAUGGGACCACGCAGCCAUCAUACAGCUCAGGAAGGAGAUGUAUUCUGUCUCCUAGAGAUGAAUGUAGUUUGGUGCGAAAACAACAGAACAACAGCAAAAGAACUUAUGAAGAUGCUGGAGAAAACAGGUAGACAAGUAUCUAUAUCCACAGUAAAACCAGUCAUAUAUAUAGACAUAACCUGAAAGGCUGCUUAGCAAGGAAGAAGCCAAUGCCCCAAAACCACUAUAAAAAAGCACAUCGGGACGAAGAUCUUUUUGGAGAAAUUUCCUCUGGUCUGAUGAAACAAAAAAACUGCCCUUUUUGGCCAUAAUGACCAUCGUUUUGUUUGGAGGAAAAAGGGUGAGGCUUGCAAGCCGAAGAACACCAUCCCAACCGUGAAGCAUGGGGGUGGCAGCAUAAUGUUGUGGGAGUGCUUUGCUGCAGGAGGGACUGGUGCACUUCUCAAAAUAGAUGGCAUCAUGAGGAAGGAAAAUUAUGUGGAUAUAUUGAAGCAACAUCUCAAGACAUCAACCAUGAAGUAAAAGCUUGGUUGCAAAUGGGUCUUCCAAAUGGACAAUGACCACAAGCAUACCUCCAAAGUCCAAAGGACAUCAAAGUCAAGGUAUUGGAGUGGCCAUCACAAAGCCCUGAACUCAAUCCAAUAGAAAAUUUGUGGGCAGAACUGAAAAAGCAUGUGGGAGCAAGGAGGCCUACAAACCUGACUCAGUUACACCAGUUCUGUCAGUAGGAAUGGGCCAAAAUUCCAGCAACUUAUUGUGAGAAACUUGUGGAAGGCUACUCAAAACGUCUGACCCAAGUUAAACAAUUUAAAGGCAAUGCUACCAAAUACUAACAAAUUGUAUGUAACUUCUGACCCACUGGGAAUGU